UGGCUUUAUGUGUUCUGUCUAGCUCUGGUGGCUGUCAAAGAUAAGCAACACCUCAUCCUUUUUAUGGAUGGUCUCUUUCUCUCGCUUCUGCUUGCCUGGUUUCUCUCUACUUUCUACUUUCUGGGCUGAUUUCAGCUUUUGCUAGCUGCUGCCUUCUCUCUCUCCGCCUAAUUCUGAUAAAGGAUAUACUCAUAUAUCGUGCAGCCUCAUUGCGUUUGUUUGUUUCUGCCACUGAAUAUUUGAUUCCUUGUACUUUACCGACCACAACCCACUACUUCCCGCUCUCACGCUUCCUUCUUCUUCCUCUUCACACACUCUGAUCCAUUUGCUCAUACCAUCAUUCAGUUUUUAGAAGUUGACAACUUUUUGCUCGUUUUGGUCCCCUUGAUCUUCAUUUCAGGUGGUUUAAUUCAACUAAUACCACAGACAUUGUUUGCUAAUUGCCAUUGCAGCAGGUGUUCUGAUUUCAAAGAGGAAGGAACAUUUUUUGGUGGUGGAAUGUGGAUUGUGGAGGUUUUGGGUUCUGAAUAAAAGUAUUGAGAAGGCAAAUAUCUGGAGUGAGAGAAGGAUAAACAAAUAAGGGCCAGGGGCGGUGGUGUCAGUUUUAAGCAAGUGGGGUUUUUUUUUUAUUUAAAAUUUCUUUGCUUCUGGAUUUUUGAGAAUUAUAUAUGUUUUGGGAUGGUCAGUUGGUAAUGGCUAAUGUCUCCUGAGCUGGCCCUGUUUCUCCGGAGUCAUUGGGUCGUGUAACCAUUUCAGGAAGCAACCCCUUCCCUUCUUUUCAUUCAAGGGAAGUGAACAUUUUGUGGGAAGGAUUCGGUCACACUAGGUAGAACAACACCAGAGUUUUCCUAAGAUCUGUUUUUUUUUUUUUUUUUUUUUCCCCCUUAAAAUCCAAGGUCGUCAGUUGUUCAAUCGCCACUUUCGGGGAGUUUCCCCUUGCUUUCGGGGGUAUUUUGGUAUCGAAUUCGCAGUAGUGGUUGAAUAUUUGUAGCAUUAGCAGGAAUCAGGAAUUGUGGAGGAGAGAAAACUAAGAAGUAGAUCUCUUCCUUGCCAAAAAUGAAGUUCAUGAAACUUGGAUCGAAACCGGAUUUCUUUCAGACCGAUGGAGACAAUAUAAGAUAUGUCGCAACUGAGUUGGCAACUGAUGUAGCUGUUAAUGUCGGAGAUGUGACGUUUUAUUUGCACAAGUUUCCUCUUCUGUCCAAGAGUGCACGCCUGCAGAAACUGGUCGCAACCACAAAUGAAAACAGCGAUGAAAUCCACAUCCAUGAUAUUCCUGGCGGACCUGCUGCUUUUGAAAUAUGUGCCAAGUUCUGUUAUGGCAUGACUGUCACUCUCAAUGCAUACAAUGUGGUUGCAACUCGAUGCGCAGCAGAGUACCUGGAGAUGUACGAAACUAUUGAUAAAGGAAACCUAGUCUACAAGGUUGAAGUGUUCCUAAACUCUAGCAUCUUCCGGAGCUGGAAAGACUUGAUUAUUGUUCUUCAGACUACGAGGUCUCUUCUUCCAUGGUCCGAGGAAGUUAAGGUGGUGAGCCACUGCCUCGAUUCCAUAGCUUCCAAGGCUACCAUUGAUACUUCAAAGGUGGAGUGGUCAUAUACAUAUAACCACAAAAAACUACCGUCUAAUAAUGGGGAUGAUUCACACUGGAAUGGUGUGGCAAAACAACAGAUGGUUCCAAAAGACUGGUGGGUGGAAGACCUCUGUGGGCUUCAACUUGAUUUAUACAAGCGGGUGAUAACAAUAAUUAAGACCAAAGGAAGAAUGUCUGGUGAUGUAAUAGGGGAAGCCUUAAAGGCAUAUACCACCAGAAGGUUGUCAGGUUUUAGCAAGGGUAUGAUUCAGGGGGAUGUCCUAAAGAAUAAAUCAUUGGUGGAGACUGUAAUCCACUUACUUCCUGCAGGCAGUGUUCCUUGCAGUUUCUUACUUAAAUUGUUAAAAGCAGCAAGACUGUUGGAAUGUGGAGAGGUCGAAAUAUGUGAGUUAAUUCGCAAAAUUGGCCAGCAGCUUGACGAGGCUACAGUUUCUGAUCUUUUGAUUCAAGCCCCAACCGAUGAAGCAAUAAAAUAUGAAGUUGAUAUAGUGCAGAGCUUAAUUGAAGAGUUUGUGACACACGAUCGAAGUGCUCAGACUGAUCCUUCAAUGGAAAGUGAAUUCCAGGAGAUUAGAAGUCCCAGGUUAUCGGAUUCUUCCAAGGUGAAGGUGGCAAAGCUGGUUGACGGCUAUCUUACUGAGAUUUCACGUGAUCCCAACUUACCCGUGUCAAAGUUUGUCCAUCUUGCUGAAAUGGUAUCAAGCUUCUCGAGACCAACUCAUGAUGGUCUUUACCGUGCCAUUGACAUGUAUCUAAAGGAACACCCGGGGAUCAGCAAGGGUGAGAGGAAGAGAAUGUGCAAAUUAAUGGACUGCAGGAAGUUGUCAGUAGAUGCCUGCAUGCACGCUGUGCAAAAUGAGCGGCUGCCCUUAAGAGUUGUUGUGCAGGUCCUUUUCUUUGAACAGAUUAGGGCUUCGGCAUCCGGUGGCAACAGUACACCUGAUCUACAAGGCUCCAUCAGGGCCUUGCUCCCUGGUGGGUCUCAUGGGAGCUCAAGGUCUACAACCAACACAGAAGACGACUGGGAUGCUGUGCCAACAGCAGAAGAAAUCAAGGGUUUAAAAUGUGAGAUUUCUUCUCUAAGGUUAGGCGAAGUGAAUGGAGGAGUUGGAGUUGGAAGUGAUAGAAAUGGGAACCCCGGUGCUUCAAAAAAUCUUGAUAAAGUUCCAUCCGGUAAAGUGAAAGGUAUGUUCAUCUCGAAAAAGAUAUUUUCUAAGCUGUGGUCAAGCAAAGAAAGGAGUGGUGAAAUCAGUAGUUCUAAUACAUCAGAGAGCCCUGGUUCUUCUAGCAAUGCAGAAGAAACAAAAUUCACCCGUUCGAGGAGUAGGAGGAAUUCGGUAUCUUAGUUACAGGCAUGCUUAGUAGAUUAAAAGUAUACACUGUUGACUUGUAAAACCGCCUCGCGUAUCUGACAUCAGGAGAAUAGAAUCAACUGACAUGUUUUAGCUGUUUUUCCACUGCGAUUUUGAGCCAAAGAGGUCGUGUUGUUGGAGAAGAAAGGAGAUUUGGUAUUUCAUUUCUUGUAAGAAGAGCUCAUGAUCACAUUUAUGUUCCCAGACUACCUGUUGGUUUUCAGUUCUAACAGCUAAGUAGAAGUUUCUUCUUGUAAUUGCCUAUCUAUCUUCCUUGGGCUUUAAUUUACUCUAGUGCAAAAUUGGCAAUUGUCAUC